CGAGCAGUACCGGCCGGAGAUCUACCAACAAGUACGAAGAACGAGCUAAGAACAACCACCCUGCACGUAGCACUCCAUGGCGCUCACCGGCGAUUACAAGCUCAUCAGCACCGACGACAUGCUCCAAGGCCACGCCGAGCUCUGCAUCCACGCCUACGGCUUCGUCAAGUCCAUGGCGCUCAAAUGCGCCAUAGAGCUCGGCAUUCCCGGCGCCAUCCACGGCCACGGCGGCGGCGCCACGCUCGGCGAGCUGGCCACUAUUAUCGCGCUCCCUCCCUCCAGGCUCCCGCGCCUGCGCCGUCUCAUGCGCGUGCUCACCGUCUCGGGCGUCUUCUCCGUCCAAAACCAGCAGCCGGACGACCCCGCGGGCUGCGCCGCCGUCGUCUACGGGCUCACUGCAGCCUCCCGCCUCCUUGUCGGCGACGGCGAAGCAUCGUCGGGGCUGCCCCGCCUCGUGUCCCUCAUGGUCGACCCGAACCUCACCGCGCCGUUCUCCGGCAUGAGCGCGUGGUUCAUGGACGACGAGCAGCCGCGCUCCUUCUUCGAGAUGCACCACGGCGAGGACAUGUGGGAAAUGGCCGCGCGGGACGCCGCCCUGAGCAGGACGAUAGGCGACGGCAUGACCGACGACAGCCGCUUCGUCGUGGAGGUGCUCCUGAGGGAGGGCCGCGCGCGUGACGUCUUCUCCGGGGUGCGCUCGAUGGUCGACGUCGGCGGCGGCACCGGCACCAUCGCAAAGGCCAUCGCGGCAGCGUUCCCGCACGUCGAGUGCAGCGUCCUGGAUCUCCCACACGUCGUCGCGGAGGCCCCCGCCGACGGAGAGGUGCGGUUCAUCGCGGGCGAUAUGUUCGAGCACAUUCCCCCGGCCGACGCUGUUCUGCUCAAGUCAGUGAUGCACGAUUGGCGAGACGACGAGUGCGUCAAGAUACUGCGAAGGUGCAAAGAGGCAAUCCCUUCCAGAGAAGCCGGAGGGAAGGUGAUAAUCAUAAACAUGGUGGUUGGUUCUGAAAAGUCGAAGGGCAAUAGUACUAAAAAGGAGGAGGCACAAGCAUUGUACGAUCUCUUCCUCAUGGUUUUCGAGGGAGGUGAACGAGAAGAGCACGAGUGGGAGAAGAUCUUCUUGGAAGCUGGAUUCAGUGGCUACAAUAUCAUACCUGUGCUAGGAACUAGGUCCAUCAUCGAGGUCUAUCCUUAACUAAACACCAUAUUUGCUAUGCAGUCUUGGUAAAUAAUGUUCAAGCUUUGUAAGCUAAUUAUUGGCUAUAUUAAUUUAUGGUUUAUAUAUGUAUGUGCACCGCAUGUACGCCUUACUUGUC